CAUUACAUCAUUGCUAAGCAAUAAUUCAAGGAUUGAAUAUCGUAUUUACCACUUCUAAUUCAAUCAAAAAGCAAUAACACGACAUUAUUCACAGCCAGUAUACGGUCAGCAGUGUUCAGACGAGCACUACCAUCAUGAGCAACGCGUUAAUGCUCAAUGCACUGGCAUUGGUGCUGCUGUUGUACACCUGCCAACGUUGUGAUGGGUUGUUGAAGGUAAUACUCGAAUUUGAUCGCUGGGAAUUAGUCAACGGCACGAACAUAUUCAGCAUGGAUUCGGUACGUGUGCGCAAGUACAACCGGACGAUGUCGGUACUGAACGGUACGGGUACGUUACUGGUCGAUCUAGACAAUACGUACGAGUAUGGCUUCAGUUUUGCCCGUAGUGCCCAAGGAAACAAUCAGUACAAUGCGUACCCGAUGAAGCUAGCAUCCAAACCGAUGUGCGAGUUCCUAACCGCGUACUACCGAGAGUAUCAGGAUAUGUUUCUUAAGUUCACCAAUCUGCCGUACGUGCCAGAGGAAGGAUUGUGUCCGUUCCCGAAGGGAAACUAUUGGGUGAAGGAUGCGUACGUUGACUCGUCCGUCAUACCGAUUGUCGUGCCGGAAGGAUUCUGGAAGGCUAGCCCCGAGCUGCGCAAUGUCGAAACGGGUGAAGUGGUAGCGACUGGGUCGUUCUAUGCGAAAUUAACGAAGGAGUAUGUCUGAGCGAACAUAUCAAUAAAUAGUUUAUCUGAUGGUUCACUUUAUUAUGCACAAAAAAUAUUUUCAACAGAA